AUGCCCCGCCUCGACGAAACCACGCAGCAGUACCUCCAGGAUGCAGAGCAGGGUGUGCGUGCCCGCACUGCCCGCGCGUGGGACAGCUUCACCAACUUCGCAAUCCGCGACAACGUGCUCGAGGUCGCCGUUGGCCUGAUCCUCGCCGCCUCCUUCACCGCCGUCGCAAACUCCCUUGUAACCGACAUCCUGCUCCCUCUCAUCUCCCUCCUCCCCUUCCUCGCGCGCAACCUCGACGAGAAAUUCGCAACCCUCCAGCACGGCCCCAACUACAACGCCACCAUCGCCAACGGCUACAACACCAAAGACCAGGCGCUCAACGACGGCGCCAUUGUCUUCGCUUACGGCAACUUCCUGGACAAGAUUGUCCGGUUUAUGUUGAUUGCGGUGAGCCUGUGGGCGAUCGCGAGUCUGUAUAGUAGGGGCAGCGGUGACAACAUUGUGAAGAGGCAGGUCAAA